UAAUUGAUAACGGCCGCCCAAACCAAGUCAACCUCCCCGUCGUCUUCUCCAAAACCCCUCUCGCCUCGCCGUUACCGUUACACGUACGGUGAGAGAUACAGCCGUCUCGUCGAUAUAUAUAUAUUUUUUCAGUUUCAACGCCGAUCAUUUAUUGCGGCUCCUAAUUUUAGCACCUCAACCCUAAUUUCGUCGUCCCUAAUUUGCAGAUCAACGCCAUAACUGUACUAUGAUAACUUCCUUUCACCCUCCCAUGGCGUCCCUUUCUUCCCCAUUUUCAUAUCCCUCCGCCGCCUCCUCCCUCGUCGGCGCCAAUCACACCUCCGCUCGAUUCUGCUCCCGCUAGUGCCGAAUUCGUUGGAUUCGGAUUGCAAUUUUGCAGUUCCUUGAAAUUCUUUUGAUGGGGACGCCGGCGGUCGGGAAGGCUGGAUUUCUGAGGAAUAUUCCGGUGCGUUUGAUUCUCUUCUCGGUGUUUUUAAUCGCAAUUCGAUCUGCUUACGUCGUUAUAAUCCGCGGAAAAUCAUGCGACGUCGGCGAUUUCUGUUUCGUCUCCUUGCCGGAAAGUUUCGCCGCCGUGAGCGGCGGAAAUCUGAGGAAAUCGGCGUCUGCGGCGGUCGUGACAAGUUCCGGCGAAACUGCUCCGUCGACGCCGAAGAAAAUCCCCAAAUUGUGGGCGACAGAGGGUUUCCAAACGGCGGUUGAAUUCUACUCGUCAAUUUUUCAGGAUCUGAUCGGCGAAUCCAUUCUCCGCCCUAAUUUCAAAGCUCUCUGCGUCGAUACAGCCGCCGGCGCCGACGUUUUCGCGCUGAGGGAGAUCGGAGUGGAGGAUUCCGUCGGCGUUGCGAAGAAGGAUUUCAAACCGAUGGUGGUUGCAGGGAAGGGCUCCAAUCUGCCGUUCAUCAACAACACCUUUGAUUUCGUGUUCUGCGCCGCCGGCACGGCGGCCAAUUCAGCAUCUCCGGCGACUUUCGCGGCGGAGAUUGACCGGACUUUGAAACCCGAAGGGUUUCUCAUCGUCCACACAAGAACAAAUGACACUUACAGUUUCCAUUCCUUACUCAAUCUCUUCAGUUUCUGUAAAUUCCUCAGGACCAAAAACAUUGCAGGAUUUGAUCCCCAAACGCCAUUUCUACAACAAAUUGUUCUGCAGAAGCUUCUAGAAGAAACCAGGAAGAAAACUCCAUUACCAAAGAAGAAGAAGAACAAAUGCUCUGUUCCAACCUACAAACAGAGUUUGGCAAAUCAAGCAGAGCCAUUAAUAGCCAAAGAGCCAAAGAAGCCAUGGAUAACACUUAAGAGGAAUUUACAGAACAUGAAAUAUCUGCCAUCAAUGGUCGAUAUAAGCUUCAAGACGAGGUACAUAUACAUCGAUGUCGGCGCAAGAAGCUAUGGAUCGAGCAUCGUAAGCUGGUUCAAGAAGCAGUAUCCAAAACAGAACAAAACAUUCGAGAUAUUCGCAGUCGAGGCCGACAGGGCAUUUCAUGAUCAGUACAGAGGGAAGAAGGGAGUGACAUUGUUGCCGUACGCGGCGUGGGUGAGGAACGAGACCUUGUUCUUCGACAUCAAUGGUGAACCCGGUAAAGGGAUGGGCCGGAUUAGGCCCGCGCAAUCAUCGGCGCCGCCGGACGGUGAUCGGAUUGAGGGGUUUGAUUUUGGGGAAUGGUUGAAGAGGACAGUGUCCGAAAGGGAUUAUGUGGUGAUGAAGAUGGAUGUCGAGGGGACUGAAUUCGAUUUGAUUCCGAAGUUGUUUGAAAAUGGAGGGAUUUGUUUGAUUGAUGAACUGUUUCUCGAGUGUCAUUACAAUCGAUGGCAGAAAUGCUGCCCUGGUAAGAGAUCGACAAAGUAUCAGAAGACGUACGGUCAGUGUUUGGAAUUGUUUACUUCUCUUAGAGAGACUGGAGUUUUGGUUCAUCAAUGGUGAGAGCUUCAAAGUCCUGCUGAGGAAUCUCCCAAUUAAAAACAUGAAUAUUCUCGAGGAUCCUGUCGGGAGAAUUGGAUUUAGGAAUUGUACUCGUCCCCCUCUGUAGUGCCCACCUCACCAGCACCUGCCCAGGGCUCUUGUUCAGCUUUCUUGCUAUCUUCUCCACCGUCGGAUCAUGGAUCAGAUCGCGGCCCCCCUCCUGAGACCCCAAAGGCGAAUACGCCUGCCCAACCCAACCCAACCCAUUAAUUAAUUAAUCAGUCAUUGUAAUGGAUUAUGUCGUCUUCUUAAUUGAGAUUUACUUACAGUGACGUGGACGCCAUUUUUGUUGCAGAAAUGGAGCAUCUUGUCGUUCCUCCAUCCAGGGUGCAUCUCCAUCUGGCAAACAGAAGGUUUGAUCUCUGCAAAGCUCAGGAGAUGGCUCAGUUUCUUGAUGGUGAAAUUGCAGACACCAAUGCUUCUUACAAGGUUGUCUUUAACAAGCUUCUCCAUCUCCCUCCACACCCCUUCCAUGUCCAUAUCCAACACAUCCCCUGCCUUGUCCGAUCCCUCCCGCAGCCGGAACGGCCAGUGGAUCUUCAAUUAAUUCAAUAGAUUAAUUCCAAAUUCACUUAUAAAAUGAAAAAAAAAAAAAAAAGAAACAGAAA